AGCCAUGCGCCCCAUGCGGCGAGCGUCGGGGGGCAGGGCCGAGGCCUUAGUGGACCUGGCCGCGGCCGCCACCCUGUCGCUGCUGCUGAUGAUGCUGCUCGUGGCCGCGGCCGGGGCCGAGCGCCGCGAGCAGGAGUGCUUCUGCACCGGCCUGUGGACGUGCAUCGCGAGGACGGGCGUGCCCUACAGCGAGUGCGACCGGGAAGGGCAGCGCGUCAUCUGUUGCGUCCGCCGGUCUCCCCAGCCGUCUGGACUCUCGGGCCCGACGGCCGCCCCGACGAUGGCCUCAUCCCCGACGGGCCCCUCGACCCCCGGCCCGACGGCCGCCAGCAACGAGGUCGAGGGGCGCGCCCGCGGCGAGGACGAGGACCUGGAUCCCGACGCCGACACUCACUUCCGCUACUCGAUGGGGCGCCAGCUCGGCGUCGCCACCAUUGCCGCGCCGCUACUGGGCGCGCCCCGCGGCGAGGCCUCGCCCCGCGUGGGGUCCACGGCCGCGCCCCCCACCACGGCCUUCGACGAGGAGGAGGGGGAGGACGACGACGACGACGAUGACGACGAUGAUGACGACGAAGAGGAGGAGCUGCUGGGCACUACGCCCAGGACGCUGACCACGUCGUCACGGCCGCUGCCGAGGCCCAAGCCGAGCUCCUCCAGGCCGCCGGCGAGGUCGAUCCCCGUGUUCGUGACCCCUUUGCCUGCUGCGCGCGGCUCGAAGGAAAUCGAAUGGGAGGACGGCGCCCCGCACACGAGCUGGAGUGAGGAGGAGGGCGGCGGCCGCCUUGCGCACCCGCAGCAGCACCAGUUCCAGAUGCAGCCGAAAAGGGAGCCGAAGAAGAUCGACUGGAACAACCUGGCGAGACCCGGCCAGGCCCGGCCACCGCAGCACUCCAAGCCCGUCCCCCAGGGAGUGUCCGGGAGCAGCGCGAACAUUGCCGAGCCCUGGUCGUCCUGGCAGGAAUGCGGCCGUAAAGGCCCUGACUCUGGUCUGGACGGCACGGCGGAGCCUUCCGAGUGGCCGUGGCACGCCGCGCUUCUGGAGACCGCCUCGGACCGCUACGUCUGCGGUGCCACCCUGAUCGGACCGACCUGGCUGCUCACCGCUGCGCACUGCGUCUUGGACUACCCCGACCCCUCAGCGCUCAAGGUCCGCGUGGGCGAGUAUGACGUGCGCUCCGACUCGGAGUCCUUCACGCAGGAGCGCGCCGUGGUGGAGCUGGUGGCACACCCGACCUUCGACCAUGCCUCACUGCAGAACGACAUCGCCCUCGUGAGGAUCGCGCGGCCUCCCCGCGACCACCGCAACGUGGGCGCCGUGUGCCUGCCGCCCCCGCGGCCGCGCUCAGCCCGCCAGCACGACAACCGCCUGAAGGACGACGCCGAGGCCGAUGACGACUUUCCGCAAGAGGGGAGCGUCUGCUUUGUCACGGGCUGGGGCAGAAAGGAUGAGAUGUCCCCGCACUCCGAGGUCCUGAAGGAGGUCCCAGUCCCGCUGUGGUCCCGUGGUCCCUGCCAAGAGGCUCUGCGAACCCACCUGGGGCCGUCCUUCCUGUUGCCUACGACCGCCCUCUGCGCUGGAGCCAAGGGCAGGGACGCAUGUGAUGGUGACGGAGGAGGCCCUUUGAUGUGCAACUCUGGAGGACGCUGGUUCCAAAUGGGCAUCGUGAGCUACGGGAUCGGGUGCGGGCGCCACCACAGCCCAGGCGUUUACACCAAGCUUUCCAGCUUCACAUCCUGGGUGCGGGGCGUGGUCGCGGGGCAGCGGUCCACGGACGUGUCAGCGCCCACCGGGAGCGGCCAGCAAGCGCACCCCCAGGCGGCUCAACCCCGCACCCCCGCUCCUCGCCCAGUCCAGCGGCCCACCCCGCGACCCACCCCGCGCACCUUGGUCCAUCAGCGGGCCGGGCAGCCAGGGCAGGCAGUCAGCAGGGUGCGCGUCAACCACUACACUGGGUCACCAUCUUCCACGACCACCGCCUCGCCGCCCUCCACAGCAGCCAGGGUGCCGACCAGGAACGUCGUGGUUCUCAGCAGCGAGCAGGAUGAGGUCGCGGAUAGAACUUCAGAAGAGGAGAGCGACCAAGAGGACGACGUCACGGACCGCGAGGCCCAGGACGUAUCUACCACGACUACCGCCACGCCCACAUCAUCCUCAACACCCCCGACGCCGUCCACGUCUUUCCCGACAUCUACUACGCAGAGGUCCGCCCGCGUCCUCACGCACUCCACCGCGCAUAGCGGGGCACCGAACGCAGGUGUCAGCUACUUCAGGAGCAACUUCGGCUCCAGCGGGUGGAGCUACCCCCUGGAGGUGCACAAGGCCGCGGCCACGGCCACGUCGACGCAAACGGUCGCACCGCUGCCCGUUCAAGGCCAGCACGAGGCUCAGGAGCAGGCCGGCAAGUGGUACUCGGCAGCUUACUCGGGCAGCUACCGCGGCACGGCUGGCGGCCACCGUUUGCCCGCGCAGAUACUCAGCAACGUGGCCGGUCGUACGGCCAGCGGGCUCAACCGGUGGUACUCGCCGUUCUACUCGGGCAGCUACCGCGGCGACUACAACGCCUUCCCCAAGGACGAGCUGGACGCCGGGGAGAGCAAGUCGGCAGACACCGUGCUCGCAGUCGGGCGCUCCUCCCCAGCCCCCUUCGCGCCCACUCUCCUCUCUACGACCCCCGCGUCCGUGGCUAGGUCGGCGUUCAAUGUACGUCCGCCGCUCGCCGCUCCGCGCUGGUACGCGCCCCUGCACGACCCCUCGCAGCGCUGGUACUCGAACUUCCACAACGGCACGUACCGCACCGGGUACACGAGCGGGCAGGGCGCGCCGGCCGCGACCUUCACGGCCACGCCCAAGCACCGGUUCGCGACGGACGGCCCCACAGCGCCGGCCAUCGACCAGGACCGCAUGUGGACGUACCUCGUGCAAACGGGUGCGGACGGAACCAGCAUCACUCUGGACAAGAAGAAAGGCACGGAACCAGUUGCGACGGCUGCUCACCCUCCGUUCGUGAGCGACGGCGAUCGCCAGGGCCGCACGCUGGUCAACUACACCAACACGUUCACGUACCCGAGCGCCCCGCACCGCAACACCUCCAGGCCGGCGGCGCCGCGCCCCACGUCCACCAGCCUCAGCAGCAGCUACAGCAUCUACCACAUCUAUCCCAGCGUGUACAGCCCGGAGUACCGAGCCCGAGCCGGCAAGGGGCGUGAGUCCAAGGCCCAGGAGACCGUCGGCCCGGCCAAGACCACGGUGUCCAGCCCCGCUCCGUCCCUCACCCCCACCGUCUCAACCGCGGCCUCACCCACUGCCUCGCCCGCCGCCUCCACCUCCCCCUCCCUGCCGGACUCGAGCCAUAACAGUAUCGUGGGGUACAUGCACUUCAACACCGGCGACACGGCGGUGCAUUUCAACAUCACCCACGACGACAACGAAAAUUCAUCUCUGGCCCCCACCCCUAAGCAGGUCUCUGCCCUACCCCCUGUGCUCCAGGAGCGGAUGGCGCGCGGCCCCGCCCCCACGGCUCCCCAUGACAGCAUGCCUGACGCCGUGCCGGAGAACGUCCCCGUGGUGACGACCAUCGCCGCCCUGGACCUCACAACGCUGCGCGUGGCCACAGUAGAGGACAGCACGACGGGAGGGGAGGGCAUGGAUAUGCCGCCCGUGGCCAUCGUCUCCACGACCGAGGCCGAGACGAGCGCACCCACGGCCUCCCCCACCGGCACGCCCACGGAGAGCGCCACCACCUUCAGCACCGACUCCACCACUUGGGACAUGAUGACCACCACCGAGCUGGACGCCAUCAUGGGCUCACGAGGCCGGGUCCGGGCGCACCUGCAGUUUGGCGCGAAUGACAACGACAGCAGCACGGAGGGCAACGGGGGAGCGGAGGCUCGCGUCAGCAGUGUGAGCGGUGUCAGCAGGGGGAGCGUGCCGGUGAGGAGCACGAACGGAGGCUCCCCGUCCGCCCAGGAUACUCUGACAUCCUCGCGCAACGAGCCCGAGCCUCGUCCGGAGGCCUCUAUCGGCGCCCAGCGCGGCCACGGCACCACGGGGAGCCCGACCGGCCCCGACGCGACCUGGGGAGACAGGUCCUCGGCCGCGGCGGGGGGCUCGCGCCGCAGCAGGACACAGCAGGCGGCCCGCGGCGGCAGGUGGCUUGACGUGCACGCGGCCGAGGCUGACAGCAUGUCUUCGUCGACGCCGGGAACACCGCGGCCACGAAGCAGGGGACGUUCCCGUUCUCAGCAGCCGCAGCAGCCCGAGGCGGCCCUCAGCUUUGCUCCUCGUCGCCCACCAACGACACCGCAGGCACGGUCCAGCAAGGACCGGGCUACCUUCCACUCUGCACAAGCCCAGAGGCACAGUAAGCUGGUCGACAACCCCGUCGUUGACAACCCUGAGUCGGACCCGUCCAGGGCGUUCAGAGCUCGCGGCCGGCGUCCGAGCGCCGUCAGCCAAGCGCCCACACCCACGCACAGCCCGCCCCCUACUCCCACCGCGAGUCCACCCCCAUCCGCUGCUGCGCCCUUCGAGGACACGGCUCACUUCGUUACGGAGGUCAAGCCUGUCCGAGGCAGGGGCCGUGAUCGCAAAAGUGAGUUCCGUCGGCGAGGGUCCAGCGCGACCGCGGGGAGCUCGUCGUCAUCGCCCGAGCUGGAGCCGGAGAUGGUGUUCGGCCCGAUCAGCACCGCGGCGCCCCAGCGGCACUCGCAGCAGCGAAACUACGCGAAGAAGCCGCGCAAACAGCUCAAGAAGGUGAGCCUGGCCUCGAUCGAGGAGCCCGUCGAGACAGUAUACGCACCUGUCUCGCCGAGCCCCGCUCCCGUCGCCCACAAACAGCACCUGUCGUGGUUCCCCGCGGAGGUGGCCGCCGAGGCGGAGGUGGGCCAGGACAACGCCGAGGAGCAGAGCGGCGAGCACCACGUGGACGGCGUCGAGGACCUGGAGCGCGAUGACGUCUACUCGUUCCUCAGCCAACGUAACAAGCGAAGGCGCGGGAAGCAGACCAACCCACCCGAGGUGUCUGUGGAGGUGGCCGCCGAGGCCCCGCGCUGGGGUAGGAAGGGCGCAUCGGUCAGGCGCAGGGGCCCGGCGGCCAAUGAGGAGUGACCUGGGGUGGUCUGGACCAUGGGUGUCCCCGUCUGAAGCGUGCCGUACUGACUGUUAUUAUUGAUACCCUAUAAUCGUUAUUUGAUUUGUUGUUAUUAUUGUAUUGUUUCUCCCGUUAUCUGCAUAAGACUGGCCCAGCGGACAUGGCCCCUUCAUCGCCCUCUUUGAGAGGGUCCCUGACUCCUAUUAGUCACAUGGAGGCCAGGGCGCAUCGAUGAUUAAUUAACCAAAUAAUUAUAAUGUAGUAAUAUGAUUACGAACUGAUAGUGUCUUUGUGCCUUAAUAAAGUAGUAAUGUGUGAAGGAGA